GGAAGCCACAGGCGAAGGGGCUACCUGGAGAGGCUAGGGAGCACCGGGGGCCGCCGGGCUGGGGAUGAGGUGGCUGCCAGCACUGGCGGCCAUGGCCGCUCUUCUGGCCACCUCAGCAGGCGUCCAGAACGAGGAGGGCCCGAGCCCCAGGGCCACAGACAACCAAAGAGUGCCGGACAGCACCACGGACAACGCCACGACCAGCACCACCAGCAGCAGCACCAUAGACAGCACCACCGAGAGCACCACGGACAGCAUAGCUACAAGCUUCGUGGCCACAGAGCCCACCAGUUCGGGCAGAGAGAACGCUGUGAGCAGUGCCACGGCCAGGGACGAUGCGAGCGCCACGGCCAAGGUCCUGAACGCAGAGGGCGUGAGUGCCCCAACCACGGCCACAGCCACGGCCACUGCCGGGGGCAGGACUGGGGGCGGGGGCGGGGGCGAUGGCCCAGCCAUUUCUCCAGGGCAACACUGGCAAGAGUGGCGGAGGAGAGUCUACUUUCGAGAGGAAUUCGAAGACGGCGAUGGAUGGAAAAAAAGAUGGGUUCAAUCUAAAUAUCAGUCAGAUUAUGGUAAAUUCAAGCUGACAGCUGGAAUGUUCUAUGGAAACAAAGAGAAAGAUAAAGGUAUCCAGACAACUGAAGAUGCCAAGUUUUAUGCCUUGUCAGCACGAUUCAAGCCCUUCAGCAAUGAGGGCCAAAGCUUGGUGGUACAGUUUUCAGUGAAGCACGAGCAGGGGAUUGAUUGUGGCGGGGGCUAUAUUAAGCUCUUCCCGGAGGACCUGGACCAAGAGAAUAUGAAUUCCAACUCAACCUACUACAUCAUGUUUGGUCCAGAUAUCUGUGGAAUGGGAAACAACAAAGUACACGUCAUCCUUAAUUACAAAGGGAAAAACCAUGAAAAUAAUAAAACCAUCAAGUGCAGGAUCAAUAAGGACACUCACCUAUACACUCUGAUUCUUCGCCCGGAUUCCACCUAUGGGGUCAAAAUAGAUAAUGAGCUGGUGGCAGUUGGGGCCUUAGAAGAUGACUGGGAUUUUCUACCACCCAAAAAAAUCAAAGAUCCAUAUGCAAGGAAACCUCGAAAAUGGGAUGAGCGACCCCAAAUUGAGGACCCUGAUGACAAGAAGCCAGAGGACUGGCAAGAUUUUGCACAAAUCCCGGAUCCAGAUGCGAAGAAACCUGAUGAUUGGGAUGAAGGAAUGGAUGGCAAGUGGGAACCCCCUUUGAUCCCAAACCUAAAGUAUAAGGGUGAGUGGAAGCCUCGAAUAAUCGAUAAUCCAGAUUACAAAGGCGAGUGGGUGCAUCCCGAGAUCGACAACCCGAAGUAUAAAGCAGAUCCCAAUAUUUACAGAUAUUACAACAUCAGUGUCCUGGGCCUGGACAUUUGGCAGGUAAAAUCUGGUUCUAUAUUUGACAAUUUCCUCCUGACAAAUGAUGAAGAAUUUGCAGAAAAAGUUGGAAAUCAGACCUGGGGAGUAAGAAAAGACCCAGAAAGGAUAUGGAGAGAAGCCUAUGAAGCAGAGGAAAAGAGAAAACAGCAGGAGGAGACCAAGAAAAAAAUGGAAGCCGAAGAUGAAGAAGAGAAGAAAUAUGCCGUGGAGGAAGAGGAGGAUGAGGAUGAGGAUGAAGAUGUUAACCAGCCUGAACUAGAAAAAGACAAAGAGCUGAAGGAAGAAGAAGAAAACAAGGAUAAAGGAGGGAACGGGACCCCUGAUGUAGACAUAAAAGAUGAAUUGUAGUUAUAUUUAACAUAGUGACAUAUAGUCAGUAGUUAAUGGGCCAUUGUUAACUAGGCUUGAGAGUUCAUUUAAAAUAGUACAAUAGCAAAUGCAGCAAACAUUUAUUUAUUUAUUCAUUAAUAAAAAUUUUAUUAUAUUUUUUCCAGAUUACACGUAGAUACAAUUUUUGAUAAUCGUUUUUUGACAUUUUGUGAUCUAGGUUCUCUCCCUCACUCCUCUCCUCAAGAUGGCAGUUAAUAUGAUAUAGGUUAUACUCGUGCUAUCAUGCAACACAUAUUUCCACGUUUGUCAUGUUGUGGAAGAAAACACAUAUUGCUUAUACAAGGAAAAAAAACCUCAUGAAGGAAAUAAAGUGAAAAAUGGUAUGCUUCAAUCU